CACGAAGGCAGCCAUAUUGGUUUCACUAUCAAAUUACACAUUCUUUUUUUUCCGAGUUUUUCACUAAACAUCCAACACACAAGUCAGUCGUACAUCAAAUCCAAACGAAUAAAGUUUAUUCCCUUAAUUUUCUUGCUGUGUUAUCUUAAAAUGUACGAUGAUUAUAGUGAAACAAGCGGAUUAACUUCCGGUAUCCCUCAACCUACAUACACAUUCGAAUCAAGCGUAAAUCGACAAAGAAAACGACAAGUUAGACAAUUCCAAUGUUGCGUGUGUACAAUAUUCCUGUCCAUUAUUGCUGUAGCAAUUGUAAUGUCCAUAGCUUUCAACAUAAACCACUAUCCAUCGAAUGAUAACAGUACAACAAACGACACAGACGUGAAUUUUAUCAUUUUGAUCAAUAAAAUACCUCUACCAGCCUGGAAUGAGUCAAAAUCCCAUGUAAAAAUCAAUGAAGAUCAAUACAAAGAAGCAAUUAAUGCUGGUAAGGAAGCUUUACGUAAACGGGACCUCAUUGAAGAAGAAACACCGGAAUUAGACAAAGAUUCACCGAGCUACAAGCAUCAGAAAAUUGUCUACACAAGUUGCAAAGCCAGAGAAUACGGAAGAAUUGGAUAUGCUGAAGAAAACGCUGCAAAACACCUUAAAAACAUUUCGAACUUUCAUCCAUCAUCCCACAACACAAUCUGUUACAAUAUUUCUAUAACAGAAGAGAUAGAUUUCUGUAACACACCAAAAACAGUCUGCGACAAUAAAUAUAGAAGUUUUGAUGGUACCUGCAACAAUCUAAAGAACCCAUCAUAUGGUACCUCGUAUAAAUCAUUUCGAAGACUAUUAAAACCUGUUUAUGCAGAUGGUAUAAGCUCACCUAGAGUAUCCAUCGAUGGAUCCAACCUACCUUCAGCCAGGAAAGUCAGUUUAACCGUCCACAGACCAAUUUAUAAGAAUGAUCCGGACUUUACAAUAAUGCUGGCUGUCUUCGGGCAAUUCCUGGACCACGACAUCACUGCAACCGCCUUAAGUCAGGAAAAUGGUAAAUCUAUAUCCUGCUGUACACCAGGUACCCAAACACCUCACCCGGAAUGCUUCCCAGUGAUAUUGGACCAUGAAGAUCCUAAUUAUAAAUCGCUAAAUGUAAGUUGUAUGGAGUUUGUGAGAUCUUUACCUGCACCUACCUGCUGUUUCGGGAUGAGGGAACAACUCAACCAGGCGACUUCUUAUAUAGACGCUUCUGUUAUCUAUGGAGAUGCAGAAGUGUCCCAAACACUUAGAAGUUUCUCAGGAGGUAAAUUAAAGAUGUUUACAACACCAGAUGGUAGAGAACUCCUACCACCUUCUGAGGAUCUAGAAGAUGGUUGUAAUAGAAUGCAGGAAGCUGCAAAAGGAAGAUAUUGCUUUGCUACUGGUGAUGGUAGAGCCAAUGAGAAUCUACAUCUUACUAGUAUGCAUCUAUUGUGGGCUAGACAACAUAAUCUAAUAGUUGGGGAGCUUGUAAAAGUGAACCCACAUUGGGAUGAUGAAAGGUUGUUCCUAGAAGGGAGGAAAAUCAUUGGAGCUCAGUUAGCUCACAUAACAUACCAUGAAUUUCUUCCUAUAUUACUAGGGAGGUCAUUAAUGGACCAUUUUGAGUUGUUUCCUGGUGAUUCAACUAAAAAUCAAAAUGGACGAUUUUAUAGAGGUUAUGAUGAUAAUGUAGAUGCUUCAGCUUCAAAUGUCUUCGCCUCUGCAGCAUUCAGAUUCGCCCAUACUCUAAUCCCAUCACUAAUCAGGAUGAUAAACAGUAAUUCUGAUGAAUUCAUUCAACUGCGAAAGAUGUUACUGGAUCCAUUUGAGUUGUAUGAUAAUGGUACCAUGGACCGUGCGUUAAAUGGCGCUGUGAGAACACCCAUCGAGGCGAAUGAUCCGUACUUCUCUAAUGAGCUAAAGCAGCACAUGUUCACCGCGGGCAGCAGGCCGAAGCUGUGCGGAUUGGACCUGGUCUCGUUGAACAUCCAGCGAGGUCGCGACCAUGGUCUGCCGGGGUAUACCAGCUGGCGUGAGUAUUGUGGCUUAAGGCGCGCGCGCAGCUUCCAGCAGCUACGAAACGAUAUUGAUGGUGACUCACUCGAGCGCAUAGGAAGCGCCUAUAAACAUGUGGACGACAUUGAUUUGUACACGGGAGCCAUCAGUGAGAAGCCCAUCAAAGGCGGCUUCUUGGGACCCACUCUGACGUGUUUGAUUUUGGACCAGUUUGUGCGUUUAAAGCGCGGCGAUCGCUUUUGGUAUGAAAAUCCAGGACAAUUUAGUAUUAAGCAGUUGAAUGAGGUUAGGAAGAGUAGUCUAGCAAGGAUUAUUUGUGAUAAUUCUGAUGGAGUGGGGGAAAUUCAACCGGAAGUUAUGAAAAACACUAAAAAUGGUAAUAAGAGAGUUAAAUGUGAAAAUAUUGCAAAGGUUGAUUUCAGUUUGUGGCAGGAAUUGAAAAAAGUUCCUAUGAGUAACGAUCAGAUUAAAGUUGUAACUAUUAGGAGCUUGUAGUGAUAUAAUAUGGCAGAUUUGUACCAAACAUAACCUAAUAUAUGUAAUUUUAUGAUAAAUCAGUAAAAUAUAUGUUUUAUUAUGAAAAUCUAGGAUAAUUCACUGUAAAACUAUUAAUAAAGGUGAAAACAAUAGUUUAACAAGAAAUAUUUGCAAUAAUUCCGUUGAAAUUAUCGAAAUUGAACCGGAAAUUAUGAAAAACAAUAAAAAUAGUAACAAAAGAGUAUAAUAUGAAAAUAUUCCUACAAUUAAUUUUAAUUUGUGACAAGAAUUGGGUAAGAUUCUUAUGACAAAUGAUUUGUAGCUUGUAAGAUUAUAAAAUGGUGGAUUUAUAACAAACAUAACCUAAAAGAUGUAAUUUAACAAUAAAUUAGUGAAAUUUA